GGCUCCGGUCCUGCACCCCCGACCCCCGGCCCCAGGUGCAGCUCCGCAGCCAUCCCCGGACCAGGGCGGGCACUCGGCCUGCCGCUCAGCGCAACCAGCCCUCGCCCUCCCGAGCCAUGCACAGGGAGACAAGGGUCCGGCAGCGGCCCCCUAGGCCUCCCUGCAGCACCCCGUAAUGUAAUACACUCGGGUGGGGGAGGCGGCGGCGGCGGCGGCAAUCGCGGAGGCGGCGGCGGCAGCCGCACUGCCCCAAUCUAGACACAUCCAGAAAGAGGAGGAAAAUGGCUCCGAGCAGGGACCGCCUGCUGCACUUUGGGUUCAAGGCGACAAUGUUCUCAAAUAGUGAUGAAGCUGUAAUCAAUAAAAAACUUCCCAAAGAACUCCUGUUACGCUUCAACAGAGAAGCAGGAAAUACAGCAGGAUUUCCUGCUGAAUACAGAAAAGUCUCCUUCUGUCACUCAAGCUGGACUGCAGUGGUGCAAACACAGCUCACUGCAGCCUUGACCUCUCAGGCCUGGAAUGUUCUGGCUCUGGAUGGCAGUAACUGGCAGCGAAUUGACCUAUUUGAUUUCCAGAGGGAUAUUGAGGGCCGAGUAGUGGAGAAUAUUUCAAAACGAUGUGGGGGCUUUUUACGAAAGUUAAGUCUUCGUGGAUGUCUUGGAGUGGGAGACAAUGCAUUAAGAACCUUUGCACAAAACUGCAGGAACAUUGAAGUACUGAAUCUAAAUGGGUGUACAAAGACAACAGACGCUACAUGUACUAGCCUUAGCAAGUUCUGUUCCAAACUCAGGCACCUUGACUUGGCUUCCUGUACAUCAAUAACAAACAUGUCUCUAAAAGCUCUGAGUGAGGGAUGUCCACUGUUGGAGCAGUUGAACAUUUCCUGGUGUGACCAAGUAACCAAGGAUGGGAUUCAAGCACUAGUGAGGGGCUGUGGGGGUCUCAAGGCCUUAUUCUUAAAAGGCUGCACACAGCUAGAAGAUGAAGCUCUCAAGUACAUAGGUGCACAUUGCCCUGAACUGGUGACUUUGAACUUGCAGACUUGCUUGCAAAUCACAGAUGAAGGUCUCAUUACUAUAUGCAGAGGGUGCCAUAAGUUACAAUCCCUUUGUGCCUCUGGCUGCUCCAACAUCACAGAUGCCAUCCUGAAUGCUCUAGGUCAGAACUGCCCACGGCUUAGAAUAUUGGAAGUGGCAAGAUGUUCUCAAUUAACAGAUGUGGGCUUUACCACUCUAGCCAGGAAUUGCCAUGAACUUGAAAAGAUGGACCUGGAAGAGUGUGUUCAGAUAACAGAUAGCACAUUAAUCCAACUUUCUAUACACUGUCCUCGACUUCAAGUAUUGAGUCUAUCGCACUGUGAGCUGAUCACAGAUGAUGGAAUUCGUCACCUGGGGAAUGGGGCCUGUGCCCAUGACCAGCUGGAGGUGAUUGAGCUGGACAACUGCCCACUAAUCACAGAUGCAUCCCUGGAGCACUUGAAGAGCUGUCACAGCCUUGAGCGGAUAGAACUCUAUGACUGCCAGCAAAUCACACGGGCUGGAAUCAAGAGACUCAGGACCCAUUUACCCAAUAUUAAAGUCCACGCCUACUUCGCACCUGUCACUCCACCCCCAUCAGUAGGGGGCAGCAGACAGCGCUUCUGCAGAUGCUGCAUCAUCCUAUGACAAUGGAGGUGGUCAACCUUGGCGAACUGAGUAUUUAAUGACACUUCUAGAGCUACCGUGGAGUCUCUCCAGUGGAAGCGACCCCAGUGUUCUGGGCAAGGGUUACAAAGUGAGGGAGGGCAGUGUCCAGAUCCCCAGAGCCACACAUACAUACACAUACACAACCUUACCCCCAUCCACUCUAGCUUUGUGACCAUGGGACUAAAGUUUGUGAUGGCUUUAUCAAGUAGAUUGGUAAAAUUUAACCAUUCCUUUUGAGGUGCCCAGAAGAAAAUCAUAGGCCAAGAUAGAGGGAGGGGCAUUUCAGCAAACCCAGCAUUAAUGCUACUGUGGUUUUUAAAUUUAUGUCUAGGGGUUUCUUUGGGGAUUUUGGAACAGCAUCUGCUGUCCUCUGGGGUCAAGAAAAGCAUGGAAAGACAAUAUAUGAUGUACCCAGGGACCAGAAAGAAAAUUUCUUCACAUCUUAGAAAUGGUAGACAUUCAUUGUGACUACAGAGCUUCUAUGCUUCCUUGUUUCCAUACCACCAUGCUGAGCAUGCUCACAAAGAAGGCUCAUCCAUUCCUCCUGUGUUUUAGUAUUUGGCCCAGAGGUUUCCUAAAUGGUUGCAUUGAAAUCACUGUGGUCCAAAUGUAAUUCUUACACACUCAAAUUGUCACUGUCUGUAGCACACUUGUGCACCUGUCUUCCAUUCUCUGUUGCUCCCCCCCCACACUCUUGCUCAGUCUGUCACCUGUUCAGUCUGCUUACUCACUCAAUUGUUACCCUUUUGCUGUUGUCGUGUUUACAGUUUGCAUUUUGAAUGAUUAGUUGGGAUUACCAAACAUUUUUAAAAAAUAUAUUAUCAAUAAAUAUUUUUUUAAUUCUAAAUUUUA